AUGAGAAAAGCCUUUUUUCUCCAUAUUCCACUGAUUCUAGUGCAAUGUGUGUGGCUGGGAAGGGCAAGUUUUGCGGAAUUGAACAAUUCGGAUCCCAAAUUCAGUGGCCCCAUCAACAAUGUUACGAUUCCUGUGGGACGCGACGCUCUGCUCACUUGUCUCGUCCAUGACCUCGUUAGCUUCAAGGUGGCCUGGCUGCGGGUGGAUACCCAGACGAUUCUGAGCAUACAUAACCAUGUCAUCACAAAAAAUCAUCGAAUCGGCAUCUCCCAUACGGAACACCGGAUAUGGCAGCUGCGAAUUCGAGAUGUACAGGAAUCGGAUCGUGGAUGGUACAUGUGCCAAAUUAACACAGAUCCCAUGAAAAGUCAAAUGGGCUAUUUAGACGUUGUUGUACCACCUGACAUUGUGGACUACCAGACCAGCCAAGAUGUGGUUCGGGCCAGCGGUCAAAAUGUCACGUUAACCUGCUCAGCCACGGGCGUUCCCGUGCCCACCAUCACCUGGCGACGCGAGGAGAACGCUCCACUCUGGCUGGUCCAGGAGAGCGCCCAGGAACGCCAGAUCUACAGCAUAGAGGGCCAGAAUUUAACCCUAUGGCAGCUCACCCGUGCCCAUAUGGGGGCGUAUCUCUGCAUUGCCUCCAAUGGAGUACCCCCGACAGUGAGCAAGCGUGUCAUGUUGGUUGUGAACUUCAAACCCACUAUCUGGACUCGAUAUGAUACCAUCUAUGUGGGACUGGGCCAAAAACUGAUCCUGGAGUGCAUAACAGAGGCUCAACCGACCUCUGUAAACUUUUGGAUCAAGGAUAAGGAACUGAUACAGGGCGGUUCCUACGAAUCAGUCAGUGUGGAUCAUGUCUAUCGCAUUAUAAUGCGGAUAACUUUGCGUCCCGUGACCAAGCACGAUUUCGGCGAAUACAAAUGUAUAUCGAAGAAUGCUUUAGGCGAAACUGAACGCACUAUAACAGUACACCACAAAGCCAAGAAGCAUGUCCAGCAUUCGCAUCAGACUUCCUCCUCGCGCGACAAUCAAUUUAUCGUCAUUGAAGAAUAUAUAUCGAAUACUGCUGGAUUUGCGUUCCAUUAUAAUUGUGUGCUAAUUUUUUGUUUGGUCAAUAAAAUUUUAUGUUUUUGA